CGAACACUGUCACCCAAAUGGCCUAAAAGGCCCUCUUUCAAAAUCUCUACUCUCUAGUCUCUAGCCCUACUUCCUAAAACCCUAUUCACCAUAAUGGCCAUAUCUCCUUUGUUCUUCCCUCUUUCUUCACAAAAUCAAAUUAAUUUCCGCAAAUACCUCUUUAACAACCAUUUGCAAUGGCACCACAACAAUUGUAAUUUAAUUUAAUUUAAUUUAGUACCAUUCCAAAAUCCAACCUUUCUUCAAUUCCACCAAUUUAUCCCCUCUUUUCGUGUUUUUCAAUGAGGCUUCAAUGGCGGCUCCUCCGCCACUACCGGCAUCGCCACCGCCCCAACAUCCUCCCACCGCCACCCUCUUCUCCCUUCCUUUCUCUCCCUGAAUCCGCCGCAAAACCCACCUCAUUUCACCAUUGUUGUUUCUAUUCAUCUACUUCAGACUCUUCUCCUUCUACGAAUGCAUCUAGUUUUCCCAACACAGUUGGAAAUCUCGCUUGGAUAUUCACCUCUCCCGAUCACCGUAUACCGAAAAAGAAAGAUCAUUUAAUCCGUAAAGUUAAAGUGUUGAGAGAUAAGUUGGUUGAAACGUAUGACGGUGCUGCAAGUGCUUAUGAAUUGCUUGAAGAAAUGGGUUCGCCUCUUUUUGACUCUUACGAUGAUGGGUCUGCUUUGAUUGAGCUUUUGAGUCAACUUUAUGAUUUUCCCUCUUUAGCUGUUGAGGUUUUUAACUGGCGAAGAAGAAACGAUGGCUUAAGAUGUCCUAUCACUUCUGAAGAGUAUGCAAAGGGUAUUAUGGUUGCUGGUAGAGCUAGGGAUGUCGAACUUGCUGUGGAAUUAUUUACCGAAGCUGUGAACAACAAUGCCAAAACAUCGUCUACGUAUAAUGCAUUAAUGAGUGUUUAUAUGACCAAUGGUUUGCCAGAUAAAUGUCAAUCACUUUUUCGGGAGUUCAAGAUGGAAGAAUGUUGUAGUGCUACAAUUGUAACAUACAACAUCCUUAUUUCUGUGUUUGGUCGCUUGAUGUUGAUAUAUCAUAUGGAAGCAACACUUCAAGAGAUAUAUGACUCAGGCCUCUGCCCUAAUGUGGUUACAUAUAAUAAUUUGAUUGCUGGAUAUGUAACAGCUUGGAUGUGGGAUCGGAUGGAGAACACCUAUUUGGUAAUGAAGGAUAGGGGCAUUGAUCCCGAUAAUAACACUUACAUGUUAAUGCUAAGAGGCUAUUCACAUUCUGGCAAUUUGAAGAUGAUGGAAGAGAUGUAUGAGCUCGUAAAACAGCAUUUGGAUUUGGACAAUGUGAACUUAAUAAGAGCCAUGAUUUCUGCAUAUUGUAAGGGUUCUGGUAAGAAUAGAGUUGAAAGGAUUGAUGAAUUGAUCAGGCUGGUUCCGGAGCAAGAAUACAGACCAUGGCUGAAUGUUUUGCUUAUUAAAGUUUAUGCAGAAGAACAACUGCUUGAGAGGAUGGACAAGUUUAUCAAUGUUGCUUUUGAGAAAAACAUUGCAGUCAAUUCUGUGCGUGUGAUGCGUAAAAUUAUCACAGCCUAUUACCAUUCUAAUGCUGUUGAUAAACUCACUCAUUUUGUCAAGCGUUCAGAGUGUGCAGGAUGGAGAGUUUGUAGGUCCCUUUAUCACUGUAAAAUGGUUAUGUACGGAUCACAAAACCUCAUGGAGGAAAUGGAAAAUGUUCUUGCCGAAAUGGAGAAAAGUAAAAUUGACCCAACAGUGAAAACAUGGAGUAUUAUGAUCCAAGCUUACAGGACGUGGGGUCCUAGAUGUAAGCUUGAUCAAGUAAAAGGUUUGAUGUGCAAGUAUGGAUAUGGAAUUUCUUAAAAUGAUAGCCCUUCACGAGAGACAUUUAAUUGGGAUUAACAUGACAUUCUGAAGUUUGAGCAUCACCGUGCCAUUGUUCGCAACAGUUCAUCAUAUACUUCGUAUACCAGUGGAUGUCAGAUAUCAUUUGACAUGUGGUAUGCAGUAUACUGUCACAUAUGCGCUUUUCAUUUCGGAGUUUGGAUGGCUUUUCUGAAUCGAUUAGGUAACUCACUUGCUACAAUAUUUUUUUCUGCAAAGAAGCCAAUGCAUUGAUUCACUUUGAUAAGGAAUCCUAAUUAUCUUGGAGAGCUAGCAAGUAUGGACCAAUUAUCUUCCUGGAGGUAAAUUUCCUAGGAGCAUGCAAUGCCAGGCAUCAUCCGGUGUGAUGUAUGUAUGAAAUCCCGGUGUGUACCAUACUCAGUGAAGAGAUACGUUGGCAAGAUUGUUUCCUGUAUGUCAAUAUGAUUUGCCAGAGUUUCGUUACAGAAAAAAAAAACAGAAUACCGGCAUUAGAGUUUAGAAAGUUCGUACAUACAAAUUGGCUUAGUCGUUACUCCCAAUCAGUUGAAAUAUACAUUACCAGAUGAAAAUUUUGUAUUCUUUGCCAGAAACUAGAUGGCCGGAUGGCCAGGAUCAUUUGCCGCUUUCUGUUGUAGAUAUGUGACUUUGGAGUUGAAGAACAUAGAUGCUCUAGGAGAUUUUGGAAAAACAACAGUUAUUUGUUGGUUGUCAACAUUUGAGAACUCAACCUUCUGCCUUUUCAUUCUCUCUUUAAUUUCUCUGAAUAACAGGUUAGAUGUGAAAUGCUUAACAUUUUUUAUGAAAUGUUUCACCUUGUAAUCACCUUGUAAUGAUAUUUUUGUUUUGCGGUAGGGCGGGAGUAGCCAUUGUUUUAGAUACACCAAAUUUUGUGGUCUGAUUUUUCAAGCAUGGUUACAUUGUUUUAGUUUACA